UGAACCCAAAUCAGAACCUCAACAAACCAUUUCUCUCCAACAAGAAAAACAGAGGAGAAACAGAGCAAAAGGAAAACAGAGCAUCCACACAAAAAACAGGGGCGACCAAUUUUUUCCCCCUCAGAGAACACAACAAUGGCGGUAUCGAGAUCAAAGACGUUAGCUUUCGCAGCAAUCGCGAUCGCCGCUCUUCUCCAUAGCUCCGUCGCUCAGACUACCCACACCGUCGGAGGAAACACCGGGUGGACCAUCCCUCAGGGCGGCGAUUCGGUCUACUCCAACUGGGCUUCCGGCAAUUCCUUCUCCGUCGGAGAUAUUCUGGUUUUCAAUUUCGCCGCUGGGGCUCACGACGUGACGCAAGUGAACAAGGCGGACUACGACUCCUGCUCGGCGUCCAAUCCGAUGAUGACUUCAACGAAUACUCCGGCGAGGAUCACAUUGAACACUUCCGGCGAGCAUUACUUCAUCUGUGGGGUUCCCGGCCACUGCAGCGCCGGCCAGAAGGUUACCGUCAAUGUUCUCGCUUCGACCACUGGUUCUUCUUCUCCUUCUCCGGCUCCCAUGGUGAUGCAGAACACAACAAUGGCGGUGGCUACAACAAAGACCUUAGCUUUCACAGCAAUUGUGCUUGCCGCUCUUCUUCAUAGCUCUGCUGCUCAGAGUACCUACACCGUCGGCGGAACCACCGGCUGGACCAUCCCUCAGGGCGGCGAUUCAGUUUACACCAAUUGGGCCUCCGGCAAUUCGUUCGCCGUCGGUGACAUUCUCGUGUUCAAUUUCGCCGUCGGAAUCCACGACGUGACGCAAGUGAGCAAGGCGAACUACGAUGCCUGCUCUGCAUCCGACCCGAUGCUGAUUGCGACAACGAGUCCGGCCAGAGUGACGUUGAACUCCUCCGGCGAGCAUUACUUCAUCUGCGGCUUCCCCGGCCACUGCAGCGCCGGCCAGAAGGUCACCGUCAACGUCCUCGCUUCCACCUCUGCUCCCUCUCCGGCGCCCAUGGCUUCUUCUUCCCCUGCUCCGCGCCGAGCUCUUACCCCUGCCUCCGCACCUUCCCCUGCCUCCACCGCCUCCGCUCCGACCCCGUCGACUUCCCCUGUUUCCGGCGAUUCCCCGUCGUCGGCGCCGGGUCCUUCCGCCAGGCCGCCGAUGACUUACACCGUGGCGGAUUCUUUCGGGUGGAACAUUCCCAGGAACGCUUCUCUGUUCCAGAGCUGGGCCGCCGGCAAGGACUUCAUGGUCGGCGAUGUCCUCGUUUUCAACUACUCCGCCGGCGCUCACAACGUGGCGGAGGUGACGAGCGACGCCUACGCGGCGUGCACCACCACAAAUCCGAUAUCUCUGGACAGCAGGCCGCCGAGCAGAAUCACGCUCACAACUCCCGGCGAGCAUUUCUACCUCUGCGCAAUUCCCGGCCACUGCACCGCCGGCCAGCAGCUAUCCAUCAAUGUCACCGGCGAAGCCGGCGGUGCUUCCCCAUCGGGGUCGCCGUCUCCCGGUUCGGGCGACAUGGCCCCGCCGUCGCCCAACUCCGCCGCGUCCCUCGCCGGAGUGUCGGCCGCCGCGCUUUUGUCGGUUUUCGUAGCUCUGCUGUUUUGAGUGGACUGAGUAGCACUAGUAGUAAAGCGCGUGAAAUCUUCUUCCUUUUUUCUCCCUUUUGGCUCUUCGAUUAUCUCCUUUGUGCCUUUGUUCAUUGUUGUUGACUAGUUAUAGAUAAGAUAUGAAUGAUUUUAUCACAUAUUGUAUUAAUAAAAUUCAUUUUCGAGCCUCGAUGAAUGCAGAUUUCACAAUGAAAGGACAAUGUAGAAAUCCGAGAAUUAAUCAUAAAUUUAGUUUUCGAGAAAUGAA